CGAGAACAAAUGUUUUUGUUCAUUGGUUUUUGUUGAAAAAGCACAUUUCGUUUUCCGUUUUCCUACCGUACGAAUCGAUACUGAUACGACUACGACUUUGUUCGUACUCACACUUGUCCACGCAGGUAUUCUUCUGGUAUUCUUCUUUCCAUCUUACAAUACGAUUCCAAAAAGCAUAGGAACAGAUGCACACCAUGGACCGCGAAACAGCCCCAAUAUUCCGACCGUUGUUUGCUAUUCUCUGCAUCGCUGCCACCGCCGGAGCCUUCUCCCCGGUGACGAGGAACGGUCGCGUGAAUAUACAUGCGAGUGCAAGCGCGUUAUCCGGCAACGGUGCCCGGAGCGGGGUGGAACUCUGCGCCGUUCGGCCACGCGGCAACGACAACGUACAGGGGCGGGGAGACUUUCUCGCCAGGCUAGCGGGAGCGGUGGUGGCGACCAGUUCCGCCGCCCUGGGAGCGGAACCCGCGGAGGCCACCGUCCCGCUCUACUACGAUCCGUGUGAGUCUCGCUGUUUCGGGUCCGGGUCGACUUUCAUCGAACCGAGCUUCGUCGAGUGGAGUUGUAUCGAGUCGAGAUGCGUCGAGUUUCUCGACCCGGCCAAAGCCAAUCGAUGCACGGAAUUGUGACGACCGGAUUGAUCGACUCACCAAUCCUUGUUUUUUGAUUCCCUUAUUUGCUUGCUUGUCUGUAUUUCGAAUGCGUGUUUGUUUCGCUUGCCUUGCUUUGUGGAUUCGCUCUUGUGCUUUCAUCUCCAGCAUCGUCCCUUUAUCUCUCGGAGGAAAUCAAGACCUUUGAUAUGUCCAUGCCGUCCUACUCUGCCAUCAACACGCUCAAAGCCGACGAGAAGGCGCUGGGAAUCGAGGGAGCCGAGGAGGCCCCCGUCAAGGGAGCGAAAAAGGCGCCCAAGAAAAAAGCGGAGUCGUCCGGUGGCGACAGCAUGCUGUCCUCCGUGCUGCCCUCGAUGAACAAGAGCGGUCCCAAGAAGAAAUCAUCGGCGGACGGCAGCAAGAAAAAGAAGGCACCAAAACCCAAGCCCGAGAAGCAAGCCCCGGAAACAAAGGCGGAGGAAUUCGAGACCAUGGACUUUUCGCUUCCUUCGUACUCGAAGGAAACGACGGCGAAAGAAAAAGACUUCUUUUCGAUCUGACCAGCCAGCCGGGUUGGCUCGGUGGGGACGCAUUCGUUCCGUAGGUAUCAUUAUUAUUUCAUACUGGCAGGGAAAUCGUGCAUGGAAACUGCAAGCACACUACGUGCGACUUACGUCCCGAUUACACAAAGAUUUACUAGAAUUGUAUUGUACACUCUAUUACUU